AUGAGUAAUAAGGAGCAGAUGAGGAAAAAGGUCGGGAUACGCUUGAAAAUACCCUUCUGUUCAAUAAUUCUACACCGUGAGGAGUAUGCCGGCAAUGGCAGCAAUCGGUGGAGGAAACGUUUCCUCAAUUCAAAAUCAUCAUCGUUUGCUUCCUCUCAUCAGCGGGGUGGUCUAGGCUUCAUCGUCACUCCGCUCCCGCCUUCCAUGUCCGUUUUCUAUGUCGAUUCUUCUAUCAUUCAAAAUUCAGGGUUUUAUCUGUGUAGAGGUUUAGGGGAGGGUUUAAGCCACUGGCGAUCUGAUGGCUGCCAUACUUUUACUCAAUUGCUCUUUAUUUUGUUUCAACAACUUAGGGGGAUAAAAUUUGGAUCUACAUUCAUCGUGAUCACGUUAUUGGUUGUGAAAUCCCAACUGAAAGAAGCCUUACUACAGAUGUCAUUUAUAAUAAGGGGUUUAUUUGGCUUGAUGAAGUUCAAAGGUGCUGCUCUGUUAGAUGGCUUUGGUGAGAAUGUUAUACAGCUGAAGGUAGACCUCUUAAAAUUUAAAAGUUUUCAUCAAAAUACUUCAAAAGAUGACAAAGUACAGGAAAACAAGCAAGUAGAACUAAAUGCGAAAUAGACAUUUAUUAAAUGCUUAAUAAAAAAAUAUUAGACAAAUGAUAAGGAUAAAGUCAUGCACUUGAAUAGACUUUUUUUUUUUUAAUAUCUUUGUAUCUCCUCAUGAGAAAUCUUCAAAUCUUAAACUCACUAAUGCUAAAAGUCUAAAACGAUUAAAGGGUUAUAUAAAUAUAAGGAAAAAUAAGCUUAUCGAACAAAAACUUAUAGAUUACCAAUAUUGACAUGAUAAUUGAUAAAGGUUUUUCAUUUCGUCUAUUACCUAACCAUGGGUACCGACCCAUAAGACAGAUCAAGUUGAAAAACUUCACAAAACUCCUUCACUAAUGAAUCAUGAGCAAUAUCAAUGAGUUUAACAUCAUCAUCAUCAUCAUAAAAAGAUUUUAAAAAAUGCUCAUUAGACUCUCUCAAAAGCCCCUUGAUGCUUCCAACUCCUCGGUCUCGUAUUCCACAAGGAAUUAUUUGUUCAAAAGGUGAAAGAUCAGUACAAACAUUCAAAGCUAACCCAUGAUAUGUUAGCCAUCUUGAAACCCGUAUACCGAUUGCCGCUACCUUUUUGUCCCCUACAAAAUAAAUACACAUUUCUUAUGCGAGACUGAUAGACUGUCAGUCCGGAGAACAGACUUUCUAGGGCUAUUUUCAAUGACGAGAAUAACUGGUAUAAACUUACCAACCCAAACUCCAGUUAAACCGUCGAUCCGUGAAGCCUUGAGAGAGAAGGUUGAGAAAAGUACGCGGAUUACUACCUCCUCAAGUGCCCUGAGGUACCAAUGAAGAUCCAUCUUUUGGAAACGAAGAUUCAAGAUCGGAAUGUUUGAUCGAGUAAAUCGUCUACCUGUCCUGGCCCAUGAUAAGUAACUUCACCACCACGUUCUGUUUGAUACAAUGGCAAAGGAGAAUCUUUGAUGUCGAAAUUCAAGUUGUUUUCAGUGCUAGCAGUACCCAAUGUAUAAACAGGUUGAUGUUGGAGUAUAAUCAAGGAAUCAGAAUCGUCUUCAUUGAUAUCAAUCAAUGUCUUCCGUUUUUCAACUAUCGAUUGUUGCCAUGACCAUGCUUCUGCAAAUGGAACCACCUCUUUGUACAUAUCGUAACAUUCGCAUCUAUAUAUCACAUGAUUUAUAUGACAAGAUUCAAAUUGAAGAAAAAAAAAAAGGGUGUUAGGUAAUGAAGGCAAGGUGUUUGAUAAAAUGCUUGAAUGAGUAGGAUUAUACCUUCUUCUGGUGGUGUGUUGGAUUAAUGAAUCGGAUUCUGCGGUGGUGAUCUGCGAAAGAAAUGCUUGUUGUGAUGUGUUUCUUCGGUUUGAAUGAGAGCGGAGCUUCCAUGGUGAAAUCGAGAAGCUCAAAGAAGAGUGAAGUGACGCAAUCAUGAAAUCGAUGUAAUGGGUAUCGUAGGAUGUAUCUGAAACUGGGGAAUAUCGUAGGAAGAUCAAAGCGUGUUUGAUUGAACCAUUGAAUUGAAAAGAUUUGGAAUUGCGGAGUAAACAAGAAAGUAUUCGGAAUACAUUUUAUUUUGACGAAAUUGGGAACGAAAAACGUUGUCCACUGUUAAACCAUUGAAUCUGAGGGUUCAAAUUAGAAACUAGAUAGCAAGAUACUUAAUUGCCGCCGUCAAGAAUUGAUGAUCAGGCGGUCCGGCGGGAGGUGGUCUGGUGAUGGGGCAGUAAGCGGAAGAACGGCGAAGGGCAGGUAAUUGAAAUUAUAGAAGUCUGUCGAUUGUCAUGUAUAUUGCAAGAGUUAACAAUUUAUAUGUAUG